AAGAGUAUCAGUGAUUUUGCUUCAUUUAAGAGUACUUCAGUAAAUAAAGCUAGAACAAAGUUUUUAAAGCUGUCUACUCGCAUACCCGGUAUUGCAUCCAGGUGAAUAUUGCUUUCCUGAACAUAACCCAGAGCCUUUUGCUUUUCAAUUUCAUUUUUUUCGUUCGUGCACAUCUUUACGAAGCUCUAACUGUCUUGAAAGUCGGUAUACAGUGCACAGAAGAAGAUUUCUUCCCCUACUUCUUUUUUUCUAGCUACAGCACGGCAUCAAGAAACAGAGCUCAAAAUAGAGGACGGCGAGCGGCUAGAUGUCCUCCUCGAAGGUAGACAUGACACUGCUCAUCUUGUUCCCGAGCAGAGGCCGCUACUGCUACACGAGGCUGUUUUAUUCCUGGGUCGCUCGUUGCGGCCUGCUGUUCAUGUCGUCGGGGUCGUUCCCUCACGCUCUAGCACUGCAAGUCGUGAAGAUGCAUCAGGAAGUUCUUGUUGCACACGAAAAAGGACGACAUGGACACGAAGAAAAUCUUCAACACGUCGCAGCUCCGGCGAUCUCUACUGCUGAGGGGAACAACGCCAACGGCACCACGACCGCUGCACAGGUAUGCAUUACAUUCGAGUCCGACAUCAAAUUAUGAUAAUAUAUAACUGGCUCAGUAGAUCAUGACAAUGUAUGAAUAAGAAAUACUUGAACAAGUUUGUAAUUGUAGUGCUGAUUUCUUCGCUCCUUUCGGUUUCCACAUAUAGUAGAUUCAGUUCCUCGUGCAUGAUCCUGACAUUCGCAAUGAGCGAUAUACUAGUAUUGCAAAAAUGCCAUAUUAAACAGGAGGAUGUCCUGUCCUCACGCAAGAACGACACGAAAACAAGUGGUGCUAGUGCGUUGGAGUUGCAGCAGGAUCACAACUCUCCCACGUCGACCCCCGGUGGAGGCGCAGGACCUCUCAUCCAGGAAUCUUAUUGGGUGCCACUCGGCAAAGAGCGCGAACAUCAACAUUCCGCCGCUGGCGUUGGCAAGGAGCCCGGCGAGAAUCGCGACGAGGCCAGCAGAAGCUGUGGCGAUGUAGGUUGCAGCGGACAAGAACCCAUCGCGGUCGACGUGGAGUCGAAGCCCGGCUACCUCGGCGCACCCGAUCCCGCCGGGCUGCGCGGGCUGCUUUCGAGCUCGUUUGGAAACACUACGCCACGUCCUCCCGCAGAGUACAACUUGGAAAAGGGCAUUUUUCCGGGCUAUGUGGUUCCUGCCUGGAAGGGCGACCCGGAAACUUCUCUGCAGUGCAAGUCGCAAGAGGUAAAACAGCUGGACAGUUGCAAAUGCUGCGCCACGAUGAAAUUCCGUCUUGCGCCUGGCUACGAUGCAGGCAGAAGUUAUGACAGCACCAGAGAGGAAAAUGAAUGGAAAAAAAACAGCGACACCAUUUUUCUGGUAAAGCCGCAAGCGAAGCGGAAAGGCGCCGGGAAAGCAGAUUUUUCCUACUGGAGAACCGACCUCAACUAUCAAAGUGAAAAAUCUCCCCUCCCCAUAUUGAAACGGAAACUUCUGUUGCUGGAUUUUUGUACAAAAAUCACCCCUGUCUUGCAGUGGGGCACUACAGGCGAAGCCUCAGCCUGCGUAGGGGCGUUUUGUUGUAGGCGCUUAGCAUGAUAGAGGCCAGCCAUGUACGUGAAACAGCAUCACAAAUCGCCUCCAUAAGGCGGGGAAUUCUUUGGAUAAUGCCUUCUUGCAAAAGAGACAGGAUUUGUGGCCACAAAGCAGCAUCGCAAAUUUUUCGGAGCAUACGUUUUCCAUAUGGGGAGGGGGGAUUUUUCCUUGGAAUAUCAAUGGGGGAUUUUUCCGCAACAACCUUGUUUCGCGCUUCGAGUACAAGUGUGAUGCCUACGGUACGGGAGAAGAAGAUUACGGCGAGCCAAAGGACAAUUCUGUUGGCUUUACACAAGAGGAAGACGGGAUCUUCAGAGGCUUGGCUGUGAAACGGGAUCACGACGGAGAUCCGGUUGAGUGGAAUAGCCUUGACUUUGCCUUUCCCCGCAAACCCGGUGACCUGGUAAGAGUUGAAUGGGAUGAGGCCGACGACUUUCUGGAUUUGAAAGUUGGUGUAUCAAAGUGAAAAAAGCCCCCACCCCAUAUCGGAAACGGAAGAUGCGCGAAUUUGUGAUGCUGUAUUUGAGUACACAAAUCGACUUGUAUUGCUAGAAGGCCAAGAGACGAAGGUGCGGCCUAAAUUGCAGGCAAUCUGUCAUGCUGUUUCCCACUUCCAGCUGCCCCCUGCCAUGCUGGAUGUGCAAGGCUUUCCCACGCUAGACAGCACUAGAGUCCGCAUCUUUUGCCUUCUAGCAUCACAAAGCUGAUUUGUGACCACAAGUCUGUUUUCCUUUUUGAUAUGGGGACGAGGGGGGAUUUUUCCUCUCAAUAUGGGGGUGGCGAAGUGCGGCUUUCGUUUUACACAUGCGAGAAGGGAAUUCCGGAUUAUAAUAUAAGUUCUUGGCGGAGCCGAUCGAUCCCCAAUUUCAGGUUAACAACACGCUCGCCUCAAACUCUGCCGUGGUGA